AUGGCCACGCCAUUCCGCCUGCCAGACGCUGCCAAUCCUGUGCAUCGGCGACCAAACGCGCGCGACCUUGGCCCGCGCUGCAUUCCGCGUGCCAUUCGGGCCCUCGUCUAUAUCUCGCAUAUAAGGCCCAUCGCGCCCUGCCCUCCAGCCCACUGCCCAAUGUUCCAGAAGCUCCUCCCGAAGCUGCCCUCGCUCGCCGCGCCGUCGACCGCGCUCACGCUCGACCAGCUGGUGAACCAGAGCGCGGUGCCGCAGGGCGCGGGCGAGCUCGGCGCGGCGGUGCUCGGCGUCGCGGGGAAGCCGACCGCGCCGCAGGAGCUCUACGACGCGCUCGUGCACUACUUCAAGUUCGCGUCGACGGCGUAUGCCAUCAUCCUCCCCGGCCCGUCGCUGAUCCCCGUCCGGCCGAACGGGCAGAAGAUGGUCGGCAAGAUGUUCGACCUCCUCACGGACUCGCACGGGUACGUCGCACGGGACGACAAGCGCGCGGAGAUCAUCGUGGCCUUCCGCGGGAGCGUCAGCCCGCAGAACUUCAUCACCGACGCACUCGGCGCGCUCGUGGACUGGGACAGCACGAUUAGCAACAUCCAGGCGCCGGAGGGCACGAAGAUCCACUGGGGCUUCCAGAAGGCGUGGGCGACGCUCGCGGCGAAGACGCUCGCCCUCGUGACCGCGGAGCUCGCCGCGCACCCGACGUACACGCUCGUCACCGCGGGCCACUCCCUCGGCGGCGCGCUCGCGGCCCUGGCGGCGGUCACGCUCCAGAAGACGUUCCAGAACGUGCCGCUGCGGUGCUAUACGUACGGCCAGCCGCGCACGGGGAACGCCGUGUGGGCCGCGUGGGUUGACGAGGUCGUCACGCCGGACCGGCUCUUCCGCGUCGUGCACUCCAACGACGGCGUCCCGACGAUGGCGCUCGCCUCCCUCGGGUUCGUGCACCACUCAACGGAGUACUGGGCGCUCUCGCCGCACUCCCCACAGCAGACGUACAUCUGCGUCGCGCCGGGCGUCGCGGAGGACCCCGCGGGGAGCCGCAAGCUCCCCACGACGGGGAUCAACCCCGCACAUCUCGUGGCCGGUGUCGAGCGGGCGACGCGUACGCGCCUGGAAUCGAACGCGCGGGGCCCCGCGGACGACUUUCGCGAGCUGAAACGGGUACCGGAGCGAACCGGCGCCGGCCGGUUCCAGACCGAGGCCGAACGCGCCCCAAACGCGCCGAUGGGACGAAUUCCGAGGCCAAACUGGCUCGGGUCGAGGCCCUAG